AUCUCGCCAUCACUAGUACAAAGGCUGAAGAAAGCAGGAGAAUAGGUUUCCAAAGAACUCUAAAGGUUUACUAACAACUCAAAAGGAGAAGAAGCAGCAGCAAGCAGGAGGAAUUACUCCAGGAGAAACUACUUAGAUAUUAUGUAAAGAUGGAGAUUAAAGGAAGAACCCUGCAGAAUAAAAGAUGAAGAGACAGAGGAACAAAUAGAACUGAUGGAAGCGAAUGAAGUCCGACAUCAUCAUUUCACAAAUGAAGAUGAAAACGCUGUUUCAAAGACUGAGAAGAAUUUCACACAACAACCAGCUGGAAAAACUGGAGUCAAAGGAUCUUUGACUUGCUCUGAGUGUGGAAAGAGUUACACACGUAAAAAAGGCCUUAAGAGACACAUGCAAAUUCACCCUGGAGAGAAUCUGUUCACAUGCACUCAGUGCAAAAAGAGUUUCAGUUACAAAGGAGACCUAAAAAAUCACAUGAGAAUUCACACUGGAGAAAAACCGUUCACAUGCACUCAGUGUGGAAAGAGUUUCAGUUACAAAGGAGACCUAAAUAAUCACAUGAGAAUUCACACUGGAGAAAAACCGUUCACAUGCACUCAGUGUGGAAAGAGUUUCAAUCGCAAAAGCACUCUUGGAAAUCAUCUGCACACUCACUCUGGAGUGAAGUCAUUCAGCUGUGAUCAGUGUGAUAAAACAUUUGUUUUUUCAUCAGGCUUAAAAAGACACCUUAAAGUUCAUGCUGCUGUGAAGCCUCACUUUUGUUCUUUUUGUGGAAAGAGUUUUUCAAUACUGCAGUUUUUAAAAGAGCAUGAGCGUAUUCAUACUGGUGUGAGACCUUAUAUGUGCUUUGACUGUGGGAAGAGCUUUACUAAAUCGGGCACCUUAAAAACACACCAGAGAAUUCAUACUGGAGAGAAGCCGUACCAGUGCUCUUCAUGUGGGAAGAGUUAUGCCCGUAUAUCUAGUCUACAGACUCAUAAGAAAAAGCAAUGUCCGAAGUUGUCUAAGUGAGCAAAGUUCAAGUUCACAUCCAUCACUUUCAAGUAAAUAAUUUGAUAAUCAGAUUUGGCAAACCUGGAAUUUCAACAGAGUAAAAUCGCUCACUCAGAAACUCUGUACAUUUUGAGACUUUACAAAAUAAAAUGGAAUAAAACUUA